ACAUGUACAUUCUGCCUGUAAUUAACAGAAAAAUAAGGAAACCCCAUUGCUAUUGAAAAAGGUGUGUGCACACAGCAAAGGUGGCCGUAAAACCCAGUACAGGUAUCGUGCGCGCAUGCAGUCCACGUACAAUUCAGUACACAUAUAUGCACACAGCUGUGUCUAUGACAACGCCACGCCAUUGGAUUUCCCAAAGUUUCGGUAAAAGUAUACAACUGUUGCGAAAAGUUAAUUUUAUCGGAAGAGCGCCACCGCGCGAUGUCAAAGAAAAAGGCUGCGAGACGAUUGUCAGGCCGCGUGAGCGGAACGCAGAAAAUCAGUACCAAAUGAUGGCCGGAUAAAGGACGAUACCUGCAAUGUUUCGACGCAGUCAGACCUGGACCACAGAAUAUAAGGAAUGUGAAGUGUGCACCUAUAAUGUCAUGUCACAUGUGGAAGGAACACCCCCCUUUUAUGUAGCUAAUCCAGAUGGUGUAGAGGCUUGGCGUGUACUGCUGCUUCUAGUGCAACCUUCGUCGUUAACACCGUUAGUUCAACAGCUUGCAAGAACCACCAUCAUCAUGAAUCGAUUCAUCGCUUUGCUGCUGCUUUGCGCCAUUGCAGUACAACAAAUCAAUGGCCACCCGGACGCAGAUGCUAAACAUGGAGGGAAUUUGGCUUACCGUGCCAAUUAUUGUGGUGCGACUCUUUACGAGAAAGUACGUGAGACUUGCCAUGCCGUCCGUGGAGUCUCCAACCAAGAGUUUCUGGAUUCAAAGGACGCCAACACAUUCUUGUUCGGACGUGGUAUCGAAAAGCGAGGUUUGCACCACGAAUGCUGCACUGAAGGAUGCAGCAUCGAGGAGAUUUAUGAAUCCUGCUAAAGGAGACACUGACCUGGCUAAUUUCUUGCCAUCGGCGUAUUCAGCUUUACAACAAAUAGAGUUUUCCGUCUUAUUCCAAGAUAUGAGUGGUGGUGGUUUCUUCGCCGAAAUGAAUAUCAAGUAAAAUGGCAUUUGCUUCCUUUUAUGACAGUUCGCGAACAUUGAAUGGGCAGGUCCUAGUUUAAACCCUUUUACCUCCCAUU